AUGAGAUACCUUCUUGUCACAGUAGCCCUUUGUGCUGCCGCUCGCGCAUCUCUUGGACAACCUCCCGUUAUCGCGGACCCACCAGAGGGAAUCACUCUCCUCGCUCGUAAUCCAGACCCUUCAGAAACCUUGGUCGCACGGAACCCAGAUCCAUCGGAGACGAUCACUCUCGUCGCUCGAAACCCGGACCCUUCAGAGACUCUAGUCGCACGGAACCCAGACCCGUCAGAGACAUUGACUCUCCUCGCUCGCAACCCGGACCCAUCGGAAACCCUUGUCGGUCGAAAUCCAGACCCUUCCGAGACUUUGGUUGGUCGAAACCCGGACCCAUCAGAAACUCUCGUCGGCUAA